UAAAUUACAGGUUGUAAUGCAACAAAAUAGGAACAAUUCCAAGGGGAUGAAUACUUUUGCAAGGCACUGUAUCAGACUCAAGUUACAAAUGCUAGUGAACACGUAAAUACAUUUAGUAAAAAAUAAAUCACAAAUGUAGUGCACUGGGCCUUUACUCGUCCUGUAUUAGAGGAUCAAGAAAGACAUCUGCAGCACAGGUACUUUUUUUUUUUGCCGGAUCGCAGCACCCCCUCCCCAAACUACUUCCCGCGGCGAAUGAACUUCAUUGCCUCUAGCAAGGAUGGACCUAAAAGAAAAGACAGCUGCCAUAUUGAAGCAAUAUGAAGUCGGGAGCAGAUUCUCGUACUUGCCGGUCUUGCCCAAAGCCUCGGUGUUGAUACCGCUGUUUGUGAGGGACGGAGAGGUCCACAUGCUGAUGACUCUACGCUCCCAAGAGCUGAGGACCAACGCAGGCGAGGUGUGUUUCCCAGGUGGGAAGAGGGACCCGAGGGACAGGGAUGACGUGGACACGGCUCUGAGAGAGGCAGAGGAGGAGAUAGGCCUUCCUCCUGACCAGGUGGAUGUGGUCUGCACACUCUUCCCCAUUAUGAACAAGAGUGGUCUGUUGGUGACUCCAGUGGUGGGGUUCAUUGAGGCCUCAUUCUCUCCUCGCCCCAACCCAGCCGAGGUCAGCGCUGUGUUCACUGUCCCUCUGGAGUUCUUCACUAGAGAGAUAGACCACUCAUCCUACAGCGCGACUGGAAUUGCUGGCUUGCUCCACAGUUUCCAGUUUCCGGACCCUGAAUCAGGCAGCCACUAUCAGAUAUGGGGCCUGACUGCCAUUUUGGCUAUACUGGUCUCUGUCCUAGCCCUCAGAAAAAAGCCUGAGUUUGAGACUGGUUUUGAUUCUGAUGACCCGGUAUCUUUCUUCCAACACAAUCUGAACAAGAGGAUCAGUAAACUAUGACAUAUAUCAAUGUUUAUUUUAUUUUUAUUUUAACCAGAUAAUUAUAUAAUGCAAUGUAAUGAUGGAGAGAACAUUUUUCCCUAAAAUAUUGUAAAUGUAAUUGUUCUGCCAACUGUAAAUGUGGAAUCAUGUGCAAUACCUACAUUCUUUACAAAAAUGUAUUUUUAUUUUUACUUUGAAUGUAAUUUGUGAAUAUUGUAUAUUGAUGACAGUAAAAAAGUAUGCAAUUACA